AUGCCUACGUUUUGUGACAAGUCCGGUCAACGAGUGUUGGUAGCUUUGGUGUUCGCGUAUGUUAUCGGCGGUCCGAUAAACAACAUCACACUUAACGGGACCGAAGUCAUAAGGGUGUUUACCUGUUCUGGGGCGUUAGCGUAUAACUUGACCAAGACCAGAUACGAACUCAUGUUCAAACCAUUCCAAGAGGCGUUGUUUCAUCUCAGAGCCGAUACUAGCGAGGUGAAAGAAACCAUAAAUUCUGUGGACGACGUAAUUGACCCUAUUCGUCAAGAAUUCGAAUCGGACGAUGAGGCCAUUGUAUUGCACGAGAGAAAUGACUACUUAGACGAUCAUCAGGGACCAUCCAAAAUGGACGAAGACAUCAAAAAAAGAUACAAGGUACCGGAACCGGAUGAAGUCGAAAAAAAAUAUAAAGACAAACUUCGCCGAAAAUGCGCAAACAUCAUUUCGAGGGCGGACGAGAAGUGCAAAGCGGCUUUCGGUCACGCGUUCGACAACUGUAAAGCAUCGGUACACUGGUCCUUAUCGUGGGCACUGUGCUGGCCAAUGCAAGUCACUUUCGUUUGCAACCUGACACCCCUAUUUGGAGGCAGUGACGUUUGCAAUCCUAAUACCGCAGUUAACUCCGGUUUUGGAAAAGGUUACGUAUACUUGACGAAAUCAAAAGAUGAGCUUAAACGAGAAUUCUUGCACGUAAAAGUCAACUACAAAAUUCAAAAGCCAAAAAUAGUGACAGACCAAAUCCGGGACACUUACGAUGCUACCACAGACCUGAUGUUAGAGUUUCGAGAAAAAAAAGAUAUGGCCGACAGCCACGACUACAUGCACGGGUACCUGACAGAAAUUGAACACGAUAACAUUUACAUCACCCAGUAUUAUCGGAAAAUCGACGACCGCCGUAAGAAGAACCAAAAACACACCUUGUUGCCGUUGAAAAAAACCGAAAAGGACAAAAUGGUGGACUUGAGAAGUUACAAAUUUGGCAACUACGAACGCAAGUACUUGUUUAAUUCGUUGGUAAAGUUAGGUUUCGAGAUAAUGGCAGCCUCGUCGUUUGUUCUGUUGGAUGUGGUGUUCUACGAGGCACUUGACGUGAUCAGGAGACACGCAAAGAUCGAUUACUUCCAGACUGGUCAUCACGACAUGAGUAUAAAAGUAAAGGGUACCGGAAUGAUUGCCAACUUGCUGAGAUCGGUCGUGGACAGGUUCAAUUUCAAGAAAAACGUCACCGUCAACCUUAGUAACGAAAUGUGCUUGCCGAACCCACAUAAACUGGACACUUAUUACUUGCACAAGAUUUACGGCACGUUUUUUUUGGUGUUCCUCAUGGUUUUAUUUAUGGGAUACGCCAACAGAUUAAAACGCCUCAUCUGCGCUACUUUUUUCCGCAAAAGAGAAAAACGUCGCGUUCUAUACUUGUACAACGAGACGCUUAGAAAACGAAUAGCCUUUUUUAGGUUCAUGAAGCAAAAGGUCGAAAUUCUCGCCAGAGAAAAUAAACUCAAGGAAGACCUCAACAUAUGUCUAAUGCUAAGGCUGAAAUUUCCAAAAAUAUUCGGUUGGCUAGUGUGGUGCACUUGUGGCCGCCGAAAAUGUCUCAUAUGUGGCGAACCAGAAACUAAAGCUGGCAAGCAAUUUGGUUGUAACACAGAAGGCUGCGUUUACAUACACUGUGAACAGUGCUGGACAGAUGUAGGACUGUGCUAUGGUUGUUCUGAAGUGUUCAAAAAAAAUAACGGUCCUGAUGUUGAAGACGACCAUCACAGCCCAAAAGGUUAUGUGGAUACUGACUAUUCAGAAUGAUCGACUAUGACGAUUUUGUGCCUUUAGGCGUAAUAGUUACACUUCAUAUUAAUUUUAAGUUCAGUGGCAUAUGUAUGUAGAAUAUUUUUGCGGUAUUUGUAAAUUAAAUAGCAUUGUUACAUAUGUUUUGCUCUUCAAAAUAAACGUUGAA